AUGCCCAUCUGGACUCUCCUGCUAGCGCUGUGCACUGAAGGGAUUCAGAUUGGAGAGGUGAGCCGACCUCAGAGCCUGAAAGUGCUUCAGUGGAAUCUCCAUUCGGAGUGUUUCCUGUCCUGCAAGUCCACCAAAAAGGCCCCCCACUGUGACGCGCACUACCCCUCCUGUCAGCAGCAUGCAACCUCUUUGCUUCGAAGCCUUCUGGCAGAGGUGGACUUUGCUGGUCUCGAACAGCUGUCUGAUCCAAGUUUCUUUGACCAGGUAGAUUCCCAUGAGCUGGGUCAUCUUCAACAUCAGUGCGGUGGAUCCCAAGGUUAUGGCAUGUACCCCUUCGACGUGGCCACCAUCGUCUUCAGCGCCAGAUGGGCUGUGAAAGAGACGGCUGGCAGCCCGCUGACCAUUGGUGGCUGUAUGGACAAGGUGAACGAGUCCUCGAAGGAGAACGAUUACCGCGCCUACGUCGGCCAAGUCUUUGUCCACAAGGACACAGGGCUGGAACUUCUCGUUUUGGUGGCCCAUUAUCCGCACACCGGCAAAUAUGAGGCUGGUGUGCAGAUGAUGGCUGCGGACCUAGCACAGCUGAAAGAGCGUGCAAAGGUGGAUGAGGUGCUGCUGUUGGCAGACACCAACCAGCAAAAGAGCAAUUUGGAGAUCAUGCAAGACCUGGAUCCUACGGCGAGGAGGGUCCUGGGUAGCGAUGUGCAUCUGACCUGUUGCUAUCCCGCCUACUUUUUCCAGUACGACCGCAUCAUUUCAAGCAAUUUCGAGUCCAUUGGUUCACAAGCCACGACUUUGCCUUUUGGAAACGAAAACACACAUCAUGUCCCUGAUUGGGCCACCCUCAACAUGCACGACCCCGUGCUGGUGGAGUUUCUCCUCGUUCCGGAGCAGUCGCUGCCUCGUUCGGGAGGUCGCAGCGCAGCACUGCAGCUGGUCCCAGUGGUGCUGGCUUUGGCCGCACUGGUGUGGCCGAGGUGGCACGUCUUGAGUUUGCUGCAGAGAGUUUUGCAAGUUCAAUGCGCAUCAGACUACGCCUACGCGCGAACUGCGAACUGGAGUUUCGGUGGGAUUUUUGCAUCGCAUCGAACUGGUGAGUUCCAGUGCCGCAUUAACAUUAAUCCACUAGAGCCCCCGCAGGUGCUGGUCUAUUUCAUAGUGGUGCUUCCGUUUUUCUACGAAGUUCUGGACAACCGGAAUUUUCGGUGUCCUCCUCUUUUCUUGGCCACGUUGUAUCGCUAUCUUCAGUUGCUCCGAGUGGAGCCUGGCAGUCCUCCAUGCUUCGAGGAAGCUGUGGCAGAAGCCCUGGCCAUUGGUGCGGAGCGACCAGAGCCUUGCAAGCGUUGCGAUCGAGCAAAGCCUGCAGGCACUCAUCACUGCAGUCGCUGCAACCGCUGUGUUCUGAAGAUGGACCACCAUUGCAGCCUGACCAACACAUGUGUUGGUCUGCACAAUCGCCAUCACUUCCACUGGAUUCUCGUCAUUCAGCUGCUCUGGUUGCUGUUUGUCUUGUUGGUGCACGGCUGGCAGCUUCUACUUGCCGCGAAGCAUUUGCUGCAUAGAGGUGAUCUGGACUGGAGGAGGCUGCCCACACACCUAGUAGUCACCUGGCUUCUGGCACUAGGACUCUUUGUGGACAUGCUUAUUUUGUCGUGCUGGCAUUUGUACCUGUCAUUGACCCAGCAAAGCACCAUCGACGUUUGGGGUCGCAUCUUCUGGGGCGUCGCUGUCGCCGCGGCUGGCGCUGGCGGGGAGGAGUGUGAGCUGCCUAAGAAGAAGUCCUGA